AUGCCUCACCUUGCUGCUAUCAUUUUAGAUGCUAAGGCUCCCCUUGAGGUGCAGGAAGUCCAAACUCCUAAGCCUGGUCCUGGUGAACUUUUGAUUAAGAACGAGCUUGUUGGACUACAACCCAUCGAUGCAAAAAUCGCCAAAGCAGCAAUGUUUCCCCUCCAAUAUCCGGUCGUCCUUGGAACAUCAUUCGGGGGUACCGUUACGGCCAUUGGAGAUGACGUCGCCGGCUUCAGAGUUGGUGACAAGGUCGCCGCAAAAAAGACUGCUCUGGCCGUCGGCAACGAGUCGGGCGCCUUCCAGCAAUAUGUUAUAGCGCGAGAUAUUAGCGCAAGCAAACUGCCGAAGGAUAUGGAUCUCAGUGUCGCCGUCAGCUUGAUUGGUAACUUGAGCACAGUUGUCGGCUUGUUUACCCUAAGUGCGGGGCUGGAGAAGCCAGAUCUAUCUAUGGGGGGAACAUCAAGCUUUGGCAGUCUUUCGGUGCAAUACGUCAAACAAGCGGGGUACACAGUUAUUACUACCACCUCACCGAAGCACGAAUCUUUUGUUACAAAACUGGGUGCAGUGAAAGUCAUCGAUCAUACGCAGGGUCAAGAAACAGUUGUGAAGGCACUGAUUGCAGAAGGCCCAUACGAUCUGGUCGUUGAUGCAAUCUCGACUCCCAGCACGAUCAGUGUCACUGCGGCAGUACUCGGUGCGCAGGGUGGUGGAGAGGUGUAUGCCCUGCAACCUCCCUUUGGGCCCGAGACUUUGCCCCAGGGUGUGACCCGCAAAUUUGCUUCGUGGCAUGUUCGACUGAGCGAGGAAGAGAAUGCAGGAGUACUCAAAUGGGCAUUUAACUCCUAUCUUCCACUAGCAAUCGCAAAGGGCGAGCUUCUUCCGCUCCCCACUCAGAAAGUCAGUGGCGGCCUAGCUGGGCUGAAUGAGGCUCUUACUGUUUUGAACAAGGGUGUUAGUGGUGUGAAGAUUGUUGUACAUCCCUGGGAGUAA